GGAAGAAGAGCCGACAGAAGGAGAAAUGGAUGAAUUUUAGUGAAUCGGCAUGAAUUUUGAAACUCACCAACCAACUCAUUGACAUCGAAUUUACAAAAUAUAAAAUUUCCAGUCAUUUUAUUUUUCUUUCCCUUUUUCGCUUAAUAGUCCUUUCCUUUUUCAUUUUCCGUCGAUAAUCCAAAAAAAUCAUAAUGACACUAAAUAUUAAAUUUAUGACACCAAUACAAAACACGAAACGGAAGAAUCUUCGUUCCUCUUUACCGUCCGGCCGAGAAAAGCCUUAUCACAUCUUCCUCUUCUGUUCUUCUUAUUAAAAGAUGAGAUCUUCUUUCUCUUCUCAUCGCCAUUGAUCUCUGGUUUCUCCUAUUCUUCUUUCCCUCCUUAAAAACCUUCUUCAAUUUCUGGAUAUUUGAUUUAUCCUUUGGAGGGAGAGAGGGUUUUCCCGAAUUCCCGGGCCAGUUCUUGGGAUGGAGGAGAACAUGGCGGCUGCGGCGGAGAGAAGAUCCGGUUGUGGUCUAUUGAACGUAAUGUUCGGUAGACGUGGUUUGUGGUCGAAGAAACCUACCGCCGCCGAUAAUGGUAGCCAGAAAAGCGCAUCUACGACAGCGACCGCCACAAGCGACAUUCAAUUCACAAAAUCUCCCGGUACGGAGUUGAAGAAACCUCGCGACGAUCAGAAGGUUUCCGCCGAGCCGAUCCAGAACAAGAAGAUCCAGAUUCAGAGAUCGGUGGUUCCAUCAAAACCCUCGUCGAAUCAAUACCCUAAUAACCAUCAAUUAGGGAGCCACGAGAAUCAUCAUCACCAGCAACGCACUAGUUACAGCAACAAUAGCAGUAGCAUUGAACCGUACAGAGCAGGACAGAGGAUAGUGCCGAGAGAAGCCAUCGGUUUAUCUGGUGAGCUUGAAAGCAUGAUCACCGAUCAUCAGAAAUCGAGAGGAGCCAAUGGAUUGGUUCGCGCUUCCUCUAGCAAUGUGAUGUUGUUCGGACACCUCGGGAAUCUGAACCAGUCCGGACCAGCGAGUUACGGUAAUGUCAACACUCAGAAUUACGCUAGUUCUGGUGGAGGAUAUGGUGUGAGCAGGACGACUGUGGCUGCUUCCACGGUGACAACGAAGAGUCAAGAACAGUCAGGAUCCUUGUGCAGAGCAAUCUCAACGAGGAUGGAUCCAGAAACGUUGAAGAUAAUGGGGAAUGAAGAUUACAAGAACGGGAACUUCGCAGAGGCGUUGGCAUUGUAUGACGCUGCGAUUGCGAUUGAUCCGAAUAAAGCUGCGUACCGAAGCAACAAGAGCGCGGCUUUGACCGCACUGGGGAGGAUUCUCGAUGCGGUCUUCGAAUGCAGAGAAGCAAUCAGAAUCGAGCCUCAUUACCAUAGAGCACAUCAUCGGUUGGGAAACUUGUACCUCAGGUUGGGAGAAGUCGAGAAGUCGUUGUAUCAUUUCAAGCAUUCGGGUCCAGAGACUGAUCCAGAAGACAUUGCAAAGGCGAAAACAGUACAGACGUAUAUUAGUAAGUGCACAGAAGCAAAGAGAUUACGAGAUUGGAAUGGUUUGAUUGCAGAGACAACAAACACCAUCUCUUCAGGAGCCGAUGCAGCUCCACAGGUGUACGCAUUGCAAGCAGAAGCAUUGUUGAAGACGCAUAGACAUCAAGAUGCCGAUGAUGCUUUGUCCAGAUGUCCGGUUUUCGAUGUCGAAACCAGUACUCGGUACUAUGGACCAGUCGGUUAUGCUGGUUUCUUGGUCGUCCGUGCUCAGGUUCACUUGGCCUCUGGCAGAUUCGACGAGGCGGUGGAGGCGAUCCAACGCGCCGGCAAGCUUGAUGGGAAUAACAGGGAGGUGACAAUGGUGUUACGGCGGGCUCAGGCGGUGACCCAAGCUCGGUUUAGAGGAAACGAGCUGUUUAAAGCAGGGCGGUACCAAGAGGCGUGCGCCGCCUAUGGUGAGGGGUUAGACCACGAUCCGCGAAACUCUGUUUUGCUCUGCAAUCGCGCGGCUUGCCUUUCAAAAUUAGGUCAAUUCGAACAAUCGGUGGAGGAUUGUACGGCGGCGAUAUCUGUCCGUCCGGGUUACCGCAAAGCUCGACUCAGAAGAGCCGAUUGUAACGCCAAGAUCCGAAAAUGGGAACUGGCGGUGGCAGACUACGAGAUAUUGAGUAAAGAGACGCCAGAGGAUGAGCAAGUGACGAGAGGCUUAUCGGAGGCCCAACAACAACUCAUGAAACGCCGUGGCCAAGAUUCUUGAUAAAUUUUCCGGUAUUUGAAAAUCAUUGUGAGGGCUAAAUAUGGAUUGAGUAAAACACUACCGGAAAAUUCAUUUUUCGAAUUUUUUUUUUUUUUUUUGGGCCGGCGAGUGACACCUCAAUGACUAAAUUGUGUGAUUCUUUUUAUGAUUAAAAUGUUUGUAUAGAAAUGCAGAGCUUGUGGUAACGCUGUAUUUAGGUUUUAUAACAAAAACAAAAUUUGUCCAAUAUCAGUCAGACCUUAAAUAGGGCCCAUUUAAGACCC